CGCUCCGCCCCGCGCCCCCUCCGCGCCGCGCUCCGCCCGCCCUACAUAAGCGCCGGCACCGCCGCCGGUCCCCCUCCGCCGCCAUGAGCUACAGCGCGGAGCCGGCGGCGCUGGCCGCCUCCUAUCGCCACCUCUUCGCGGAGGCCCCGCGGCGCCCGGAGAUGCUGGCGGGCCGGUGGGCGCGCCCGGGCGCGGAGCUGGAGGCGGUGCGGGAGCGCGGCGCGGAGCCGCGGCGGGCGCGGGGCAGCGAGAAGGAGCAGCUGCAGGGCCUCAACGAGCGCUUCUCCGGGUACAUUGAGCGGGUGCGGGCGCUGGAGGAGCGGAACCGGGCGCUGGCGGCGGAGCUGACGGCGCUGCGGCAGCGCUCGGACGAGCCGCGCCGGCUGGGGCAGCUGCUGGGCGGGGAGCUGCGCGCCCUGCGCGCCCGGCUGGAGGAGGCGCACGGGGAGCGGGCGCAGGCGGCGCUGGAGCGGGCGCGCCUGGCCGAGGAGACGCAGCGGCUGCGGGCGCGCUGCGAGGAGGAGGCGCGGAGCCGCGCCGAGGCGGAGCGGGCGCUGCGCUCCCGGCAGCAGGCGGCCGAGGCGGCCUCCCGCGCCAGCGCCGAUCUGGAGCGGCGGGCGGCGGCGCUGCAGGAGGAGCUGGCGGCGCUGCGCAGCGCCCACGCCGAGCAUCUCGCCGAGCUGGGCGCCGCGCUCCCGCCCGCGGCCCCGCCGCCGGCCCCGCGGCCCGACCUGGCCGCGGCGCUGCGGGAGCUGCGCGCUCAGUACGAGGCGCUGGCGGCCCGCAACCUGCAGGCGGCCGAGGACUGGUACCGCGCCCGCUGCGCCCGCCUGCACGAGCGGGCGGCCCGCAGCCAGGAGGCCGUGCGCGCCAGCCGCCGCGAGGCCGGCGAGUGCCGCCGCCAGCUCCAGGCGCGCCUGGUGGAGAUGGAGAGCCUGCGCGGCGCUCACCAGUCCCUGGAGAGGCAGCUGCAGGAGCUGGAGGAGCGGCACAACGCCGAGGCCGCCGGCCUGCAGGACACCAUUGGACAGCUGGAGGACGACCUGCGAAACACCAAAAAUGAGAUGGCUCGGCACUUGAGGGAGUACCAAGACCUGCUCAAUGUCAAGAUGGCCCUUGAUAUUGAGAUAGCUGCCUACAGGAAGCUGCUGGAGGGAGAGGAGACCCUCUUCAACAUGGGAAGUGGAGGCCUUCCAUCUCUCAAUUCCCUCCCCAGCCCCACUUACUCCUUCCAGCCAAGGAGCUUUAGUUCCUCUACUCUGUCCUUCAAAGAGGAGGACCAAGGAGAGGUUAUUAAAGUGACCUCUAAAAUAUCAUCCAGCAGGGCUGAGGUGAUUGAGGGGACCAUAACCUCUGUCAAGAAAAGAGGGAGGUUAAACCUGCAUGGAGGAAUCCUUGCCAAUGCAAAGAUGUAACCAUCAGGACCCAAUGUUCAUAAGCAUUUGAGGGGGAACAGUCUCCACUCGGCCUUGAAAUUGCUCCUCUGGGCACAAAGCUGCACUGGGCUCGCAGGAAGCCUCCCUUAAAAACACAACCCCCCCAGGGACACCAACCCAGGGAUGGCUUCCUUGUGGGUCCUGUCACACAGAGGCCGAGCUUGGCACAUUGCUCCCUUUUAAAUGGGGUGGGGGCACACAGGACAGGUAGCUAGAGAUGCAUGUUGGUCAUUGUGGUGGUGGCACAUAGACUCGUAACACACUCCCUCUCUCCACCUGCCGCGGGCGAGGGGCAGCCAGCUGGGAAUGCUGCUGAGCCAGCUCUCCGGGGAGGGGAGGGAAACAACUCAACAUGUUUACUGUAACUAGUUUCAUCAAUUAUCCAAAUCCAUGUACAGCUAAACUCUUCCCCACUCAAACUGUAGCCAUCCACUUUUAAUCCUAGAAGCACAGAAAUAGCCAUACUGGACCUGACAUCUGAUCUCAGCCACGUAUGUUUUGAACUAUAAGGAAUGUUACUUUUUCUUUGUACUGACAAAUCUUGUUUUCUGAGAGCACUAGUCAAGCCAGGCACAUGGGGUUUAUAAGCAGCAGGCACAGAGCAGGGAACUGCUACACUGGAGGUGAAGGCACCACCAUUCUGCAGGGUGCAGCACCUCAUGUGGUAUCACUGUCUCCCAGAUAUGAGGGUCUGAGGGCCCCUUGUUAGGCUGCACAGUCUUCACAUGAAGACCCUGUGCCUAGAUUAGCAUCGUGGUCCAGCCAGCACUGGGAAGCUGCAGCACUCCUGAACACCAGCCCGCAAAGCAUCCUUGUCUCCGCUCUAACUGUUCCAACGUGUGCCAAAUUUGAUAUAGGAUUUAACAACCAUAGGUUUCCUUCAAUGCCUUAAAUUGCCAGCGAUCGCUUUUGCAAGAGCCGGAGACGCCGCGUGUUGUGUGUCAGUGCCCCGGCAGGGUUAUCAGCACCAGACCUCGCUGCCCUUGCAGUGCUGCCAGAGUAGUUCCUGGAACCAGCAAAUUGUUUGCUUGCACUCUUUCCUCUUCUAUUGUAAGGCACAAAUUAAUAAUUAAAAAAAGAAAUAGUUGUGUGGCUCAAACUGA